UCAGCCUUCUGAUUUUUUCUUCUUUUCCAUCGUCCAUCAGUGAGUUUGAUCUUCACCUGAAACAGUUUGAGCCAAGGUUUAAGCGAGCUGAAGCACCAUGAGCCCAGCCAGGACCGUGCCGAUGUUCUUCACCUAUAAGCUGAUUUUCUUUCUGACCGCCAUCUCAACUGAGUUUCCAUAUUCAGCAGCAGCGGGCUCUACUCUGACUCUCACCUCCAACCAGACAGCCACCAACCACAGCAAAUGUGGUGGAAGCACCGACUGCAUAGAGGGCGUUAUCCUGCCUAUGUGGAAGCCAGAAAACCCAGCCUUCACUGACCGCCUCGCCAGAGCAACCAUAUACUUCGUGGGGUUAGCGUACAUGUUCCUAGGGGUCUCCAUCAUCGCCGAUCGCUUCAUGGCAUCCAUCGAAGUCAUCACUUCCCAGGAGAGACAGAUCACCAUCAAGAAACCAAACGGUGAGAAGAUCACCACGACUGUACGCAUCUGGAAUGAGACAGUGUCCAACCUGACCCUGAUGGCACUGGGUUCGUCCGCCCCAGAGAUCCUCCUCUCAGUGGUGGAGGUUUGUGGGCACAACUUCAACGCCGGUGAGCUCGGUCCCAACACCAUCGUAGGAAGCGCCGCCUUCAACAUGUUUGUCAUCAUCGGGCUCUGUGUGUCUGUCAUUCCUGAAGGAGAGACCAGAAAAGUGAAGCACUUGCGCGUGUUCUUCAUCACCGCUGCCUGGAGCGUCUUCGCUUACACCUGGCUUUACCUGAUCCUGGCUGUCUUUUCUCCAGGAGUUGUGGAAAUAUGGGAGGGCCUUCUCACGCUCUUCUUCUUCCCACUUUGCGUUGGAUUGGCGUACAUAGCAGAUCGCAGACUUCUUUUCUACAAAUACAUGUACAAGCGAUACAGAGCGGGAAAGCGGAAAGGAGUGAUCAUCGAAACGGAGGGAGAGCCAGAACUUCCCUCAAAGGUUGACAUUGAAAUGGAUGGAAAAAUGCUCAACUCUCAUGGAGAGGAGUUCACGGAUGGAGAGGCAGGAUUUGAAGGGAAGGAGCUGGAUGAGGAGGAGGCCCGCAGGGAGGUGGCGAGGAUCCUGAAGGAGCUGAAACAGAAACAUCCGGAGAAGGAGAUGGAGCAGCUGAUGGAGCUUGCGAAUUACCAAGUUUUAACCCAGCAACAGAAGAGUCGAGCUUUCUACCGCUGCCAAGCGACCAGGAUCAUGACAGGAGCGGGUAACGUCCUGAAGAAGCACGCCGCUGACCAAGCCAAGAGAGCCACCCAUGAUAUUUUCUCCGAGGUGUCGGUGAACGACUUCUCUUCCAAGGUGUUCUUCGACCCUGGUACCUACCAGUGUUUGGAGAACUGCGGCAGCGUGGCACUGAAUGUGGUUCGACGUGGCGGAGACCUGACCAGCACGGUCUCCGUGGAUUACCGGACAGAAGACGGCACCGCCAACGCCGGCUCAGAUUAUCAGUUCACAGAAGGAACAGUCGUGUUCAAACCCGGUGAGACGGAAAAAGAAAUCCGCAUCGACAUUAUUGAUGACGACAUCUUUGAAGAAGACGAGCACUUCCUGGUUCACCUAAGCAACGUCAGAGUCACAGCUGAGGGUUCGAACAGUCACGAGGCAAACCACGUGGACUCCCUCGCAGGUCUGGGUUUGCCCUGCACGGCCACCGUUACCAUAUUUGAUGAUGACCACGCCGGGAUCUUUACGUUUGAGGAGCCGGUGAUGACCGUGAGCGAGAGCGUCGGGGUGAUGGAGGUGAAGGUGAUCCGGACCUCAGGAGCACGCGGCGUUGUGGUAGUGCCCUACAAAACGAUUCAGGGGACCGCUAAAGGAGGCGGCGAGGACUUUGAGGAUACACACGGAGUUCUGGAGUUUGAGAACGAUGAGAUUUCCAAAACCAUUCGGAUAAAUAUAAUCGAUGACGAAGAGUACGAGAAGAACAAGAACUUCUUCCUGGAGCUCGGAGAGCCUCGGCUGCUGGAGAUGAGUGAGAGGAAAGCUGUGUUGCUUCAGGAAGUCG